AUGAUCGCCUGUACCGCACCCGCGGCCCAGGAACCCGAGGCAUCCCCUCCGAGCGCCUCUCCGGAGACAAUGGCUACCCGGGCGCCCGCGAUGGAGCCUCCCCCGCUCGGCGAAUUCAACGAGCAGCGGCAGAGCGUAAACGAGGCGUGGGAUCAGAUUCACGACGACUUUGACCAGUGGCGCGCCGACCUGACCAUGUGCCAUCCCACCACGAUGACUGAGGCCCUGGGCGGGUUCGCCAUUGAGUUCAACAGUGUCACCGAGGCGGCGCGGGAUCUGACCCGUACCAAGACCACCGGAGAAUUCGCCGACACGCUGAUCACGGCGGCGGAAAACGAGGAGACCGCCUUCCGGCAAUUGCGUGAUCGCUGGCAGCCGGGCAACGUCUCAUUGUUCGAAAACGUUGAAACCCAGCGCAACCUGGCUUCCCAGGCGCAACGCCAGGCAAAAGACAUGGCCUUGGAGCUGCGGGCGACACUGGAAGAGACCGCAGACCCAGAGGAAAUAGAGGAGUUCACCGAGGCGUUUGAAGCCAUCCAACAGGACUGGGAGGACGCACACUCGGAGUACGGCAAGCUGAGCGACGGAGCGGCGGACGACGAAAUUUCCGACGUCAUUGAAGCACUCGGGGCCCUGACCAAAAAGGUCGAGGCUAUCGCCGCCGACGUUGACGAAUUGCCGUCCCUGAAGGGCGGAAAGGACGCGAUCAAGGCCUUGGAAAAGGCAGCCGAAGCCGAGGUGGAGGCGUUCAGCGCCGCCGCCGAGAGUUCAACCGGCGAAGAGGAAGGGGCGAAGCUGCCCGACGGCGAAGAGGAAGAGGCGAAGCUGCCCGACUUGAAGGACAUAGACGCCAGCGUCAAGGUCAGCGAGGAUGCGCUGGAGGCUCUGGCCGACGUGAUCGACGAUGUAUCCGUGGAGGACACGGCGGACGCGCUGGCCGACAUCACCGUCUUUGAUCUCGAAUAUGACCGGCUGCUACAGACCUGGGACAAGUUCCACUCCGACUACAACGACUGGCGGGGAGACGACGGGGGAUGUGAUCGGGUCGAGGUGUUGGAAUCGCUCAGCGAGUUCAGCGCCGGCAUUGACGCGGUGGGUGAUGGCGUGCGAAGCCUGCCCCAAUCCGGCUAUCUGCAACCCGUUCACCGCGUGCUGGUCGAGGCGAUAGAGGGGGAGGAGGAAGCUUUCAGGAGUCUGCGCGACACCUGGCAGCCGUUCACCCUCGAUGCCCUGCGCGCCGUCGACCGGGCGCGGACCAUGAGUGACACCCGGCGCGGCGCGGCUGACAUCAUCAUCGUGGAGCUGGAAAACCGCUUCUGA